GCCGAAAGCAUGGGCAACGUCGAAGUGACAAGUUGAGCCUCACAGUGCGACCAUUGUGAGCUCAUCAUCGACGACGACAAUGUCUCGUGUCGGGCAACCCAGGUCCGCAGCGGCGCGGCCGGGCGAAGAUGACAUCUGCCCCGUAUGCAAGUCCUCACGCUAUCUCAACAAGUCCAUGCGCUUCCUGGUCAACCCAGAAUGCUAUCACAAGAUGUGCGAGUCCUGUGUGGACCGCAUCUUCUCCCACGGCCCAGCCAGGUGCCCGAUAGCUGGCUGUAACCGUACCCUAAGAAAGCACAAGUUCCGUGAGCAGACCUUCGAGGACAUCCACGUCGAGCGCGAGAUCGACAUCCGGAAGCGUGUAGCAAAUAUCUUUAACCGCCGCGAAGACGAUUUCGACUCACUACUCGAUUACAACAACUACUUGAACGAGGUCGAAGACAUCACCUUCAACCUCAUCUACAAAGUCGACGUCGAAGAGACGGAAAAGAAGAUCUCAGUCUAUGCCGAUCAGAACGCCAAAGCCAUCAACACGAACGCCGCUCUGGCCUCUCAAGAAUCAUACGAUUACUCGGCCCUGCAAGCCGCCGAAAGAGAACAGGCUCGCUUACGACGAGAGGCUUCUCGUCGGGAAGAAGAGGAAGAAAGAAGAGCUCGUGCAGAAGGAAGACAGGACAUCAUCGACCGCCUUGCCACGGGCUCUGGCGACGCGGAUACCAUUGCACAAGAGAGCCGUGUUACGCUCAAGAAACGACUUGACAAGAAGCAGGCUGCCGACAGACAGAAGCAAUUGCAAGCUGCCGCUGCUGCAAAAGACGCUACAAAUGGCAGCAGUGGUAUCGUCAUCAAGGGUCUCAAAACACGCAAAGCACCUGGCCCAGAAGCUCCCUUCGACGUCUAUGGCGGACUCCAGUUUAAAAACAAUUAUCACAUCGUGCAAGACCACUACGAGUGGGACUGGCUUAACGAGAUUGAUACACAAGUCGCUAUACUCGCAGGCGGCUACAGCAAACACGAGUUCCACUCACGCGCACUAUGCGAGGCAUUCUCGGGCCUUGGGGUCAUCAUUGGAGAGGAGAAGGCUGAGCAGAAUGGCACAAACAACGCUGCGAAUAUCGGCACUGCUGCAGCAGUUCAUGCUGGCGCAGACGCAAAGGACGUCAAGAUGGAGGACCCGUUUUGAAUUCAUUAUGAACGUUGAAUGAUACCCCCGAACAGGCGUUGGCAUGGCAUAUACCUUUUUAUUUUAGCUACC